AUGUUGGAUCCUCGAAUUCCGCCCGGCGUGAGACUUCAGAAGUGGACAAAGGUAACUAAACAUGAUAUUAACUAUAUGAAUCAACGAUUUUGAGGAAUACGGACCGUAUUACGGUAUCACAGAGGGUACGCAGAAGACGUUGAUCACUUCGGAUCCGGACUUUGUCAACGAAGUCUUCGUGAAGCAGUUCGACAAUUUUCAUGGCCGAAAGACGACUGCACUUCAAGGAGAUCCGAAUAAGAACAAAAGGGUGCAUCUUUUGGCGGCACAGGGACAUCGCUGGAAGCGUCUUCGCACCCUCUCCUCGCCCACUUUUUCCAACAACUCUCUUCGCAAAAUUCUCGGCUCUGUUGAAGACUCUGCAGUGGAGGUGAUGCGACUUUUGGAGGAGAAGGGCGGCAAAGGCGAGACUUUGGAUAUGUUGGAGUAAGUUAGGCCAUGGAGGGGCAAAAAGUUAGGCCGUGCUAUUGCAGCUUCUAUCAAGAGUUCACUUUGGAUGUGAUCGGAAAGAUUGCGAUGGGGCAGGUCGAGUCGAAGAUGUUCGAGAAUCCAAUGUUGGAGAGGGUCAAGGCGGUGAGUUGGGAGCACGCAGGCGAUGGCCUAACUUUUUCUCUUCCAGAUCUUCUCGGACGGCCGCAAACCCGUUCUCCUCAUCACUGGCGUCUUCCCGUUCACCGUCCCGUUUUUUCGCGGACUAUUCACUAGAUUCUCAAGUCUCCAACCCGUAUUCGCGCUCUUCGAUGUCAUGGAAAAAGCGGUAAAGGCGAAAAUCGAACAGAGAGAAGCGGACGCUCAGAAGGGAAUCGAGCCCGGCGAGCCACAGGACUUUAUCGAUUUGUUUCUCGACGUCCAGGCAGACGUCGAAUUUUUCGAGGGAGAAGCCAUCGAAGUUGGCGAGUUUGCAAAGAGUCAAGCGUCGAAAGUGGACCGCCAUCUCACUUUCGACGAGAUCAUCGGACAGUGCUUCGUGUUCCUGCUCGCCGGCUACGAUACCACCGCUCUUUCGCUCUCCUACACCACUUAUUUGCUGGCCCGCCAUCCGGACGUUCAGAGGAGGGUGCAACAAGAAAUGGAUCGGGAGUGUCCGAAUCCGGAGGUCACUUUUGAUCAGUUGUCCAAAUUAAAGUACACGGAGAUGGUGGUUAAGGAGACGUUGCGCAUGUAUCCACUGGCUUCCAUGUGAGUUUUAAUGGCAAAAGUUGGGUCUUGAACAGGGGUGUGCGGAAAAUUUUUUUCGGAAAAUUUCGGAAAAUCGGUUUUUCCGAAUUUUUUUUUUCGGAAAAAUUCGGAAAAUCGGUUUUUCCGAAUUUUUUUUUUCGGAAAAUUUCGGAAAAAUCGGAAAAAUCGGAAAACUCACUUGUUCAUUGGUUCAAUAAAGUGUUUGACAAAAACACGCUUUCUCACCGUUUUUCCGCCCAGUUAAAUAUACGUCCCACUUUCCCAUUACGUCAGCUUUUCUGAAAAAACAACACAAAUCGCAACAAUCGGUUCAUUAGAAUGAGAAAAACGAAAGAAAUUGCGUAAAAUUUAAAAAUCAAAUUUAAAAAGACGCUCGCUGCUAGACCCUUCCAAAAAUUUUGUGAUGCGCCUUUAAAAAGCAUACGGUGGUUUCGGACAAAUUGACCUUGAAUCCACACUAAUUUUCCGAAAAUUUCUCGGAAAAUCGGAAAAUUUCGGAAAAUCGAAAUAUUUUCCGCACACCCCUGGUCUUGAAUCUCUGCAACUAUUUUCCUUAAGAUUAUAAAUAAAAUAAAGACACCCUCCAAGAGUUGUAUUAAUAAGAAUGAUGAUGAUAACGGGCGGACACACACACACACACACAUUCAGCAACAUUUCCUUUUGUUCUCCACCUGAUAAGAAAGUGUUGUGUGUGCCGCCGACUAACUAUGACAUUCAUACUCGAAUUUGCAGUGUUCAUUCACGCAAAUGCAUGCAGAGCACCACUGUUCUUGGACUGCAGAUCGAGGAGGGCACGAAUGUGGCCGUGGACACGUGGACUUUGCAUUAUGAUCCGAAGAUUUGGGGACCGGAUGCAGAGGAGUUCAAGCCGGAGAGGUGGGAGAGUUUUGAAGCAAAAUGAUCUGUUACUGUUACAAAGUUGUUCAGCACAAGAUUUACAACAUUUUUCUAGUGCACAACUUUUCAAAAUAAUCAUGAGCUGUUGAGAUACAGGUCUUCAAAGUUGAGAAGUUAGCUUAAUAGAUAUAAAUAAGCUAGUGAGCGCCUAGGAUCCAAUUGAAACCCACAACUGAAACGAUUCCAGAUGGAGCUCUGGCGACGAGUCGUUCAUGAAACGUGGCUACCUGCCGUUCGGCCUCGGCCCUCGCCAGUGCGUCGGUCUUCGUCUGGCGUACAUGGAGGAGAAGCUGCUGCUCACCCACAUCCUCCGCAAAUACUCGUUCGAGACCACUGCCCGGACAGACAUCCCGCUGAAGUUGGUGGGUCGCGCGACGACCGCUCCGACGAAUGUUUGGCUAAAGUUGCGAGCGAGGAACUGA